AUGUCAAGCACUGCAGGUCAAGUCAUAAAAUGCAAAGCUGCUGUUGCUUGGGAGGCCGGAAAGCCGCUGGUGAUGGAGGAGGUGGAGGUGGCGCCACCGCAGAAAAUGGAGGUCCGCUUGAAGAUUCUCUUCACCUCUCUUUGCCACACAGAUGUCUACUUUUGGGAAGCCAAGGCUCAAGAUUCUGUAUUUCCUCGAAUUCUCGGACAUGAAGCUGCAGGGAUUGUGGAGAGUGUGGGAGAAGGGGUGACCGAACUUGCGCCUGGAGAUCACGUGCUUCCGGUUUUCACGGGCGAAUGUGGAAAAUGCGCUCACUGCAAAUCCGAAGAAAGCAAUAUGUGCAGCCUUCUGAGGAUCAACACUGAUAGGGGUGUGAUGAUUCAUGACGAAAAACCGAGAUUUUCGAUCAAAGGGAAGCCGAUUUACCAUUUCGUGGGGACUUCAACGUUUAGUGAGUACACUGUGGUUCAUGCAGGCUGUGUUGCUAAAAUCAAUCCACUUGCUCCUCUCGACAAAGUUUGCGUGCUUAGCUGCGGGAUUUCAACAGGCCUUGGUGCUACAUUGAAUGUUGCAAAGCCGAAAAAGGGCUCGUCGGUUGCUGUUUUUGGACUUGGAGCUGUUGGUCUUGCCGCUGCUGAGGGUGCCAAAUUGGCUGGUGCUUCAAGAAUCAUCGGUGUGGACCUGAACUCGGCCAGAUUCGAAGAAGCUAAGAAAUUUGGUGUCACUGAAUUUGUGAACCCAAAGGACUAUAAUAAGCCAGUUCAAGAGGUGAUAGCCGAGAUGACUGAUGGAGGAGUUGACCGAAGUGUCGAGUGUACUGGAAACAUUAAUGCCAUGAUCUCUGCAUUUGAAUGUGUUCAUGAUGGAUGGGGAGUUGCUGUUCUAGUUGGCGUGCCUCAUAAAGAUGCCGUUUUCAAGACUCACCCGAUGAACUUGUUGAACGAGAGGACUCUAAAAGGAACUUUCUUCGGGAACUAUAAACCGCGCUCUGAUCUUCCUUCUGUGGUUGAGAUGUACAUGAAAAAGGAACUUGAACUCGAAAAGUUUAUAACUCACGAGGUCCCGUUUGCUGAGAUUAACAAGGCCUUUGAGCUUAUGCUCAAGGGUGAAGGGCUCCGUUGUAUCAUUCGAAUGGACUGAAGCUAAAAAUGAAUGUACCUUUUUUUAUCAGUGUUGUGUUUUAUGUUCAAAGAUGCCUCUCAGAGUUUCGAAACAUCGUUGUUCCCAGUUUUAUUAUGUGUACCUUGGGGCUUUCUCAUCUGCAAGACAAGUUUAAUUGAGUGAAUAAUCUGUUUUUGAGAGUUGUGACAGAGUUUGUAUGUUGAAUCUUGAUUGUACACAGAGAGAAUGUGAAGCCUUUGUUAAUUCAGCACAUUUUGAGCUUACAUUUAACUAUUUUUGUGAACAUAUUCAAUCAAUGAUCAAUACUACAAAUAAAGUAAUCAACACACACAUGGAAUAAAGGCAUCACAAACAUAAUCUUUCUUGUGAAAUCUUGAUUUGCACAAAGAGAGAAAAAAAAUAAAAAUUCCAAAGUAUGUUAUACACUCCCACACUAGUGUGUAUCCCGUGCGAUGC